AAGGCCAUCACAGUAGCCCACCGCUCUGAAUACCGAAUGUCCCCAGGCUAUCGCAACGCUACAAUCGAGAUAUUCAAUGCUACCAAACCAAUCGUAACGUUAUAAUGCAGAUCAUGCCAAGUUUCCGCCGCGCGAUGUGGAUACAGCACACGGGCGGAGGUUGGGCGCACGUCAGGCGUGGCGUUUCCCGCGAAUCAUCAGCGGAGGCGUCUGCCGAUUUCCGACUUGACGAGCCUGGGCAAAAAUUUGGCCUCCGCCCUUCGUCAUGCCUGUCAGCCACGAGGUGGGACACGCUGUCCGCUUUUCGUGAUUUGCGUUUGAAAGGCCUUGUUGCGUGCUUUGCACGACUUUCGACUGCCAGAGACAACCGAAAUUACGGAAAGGAAUUGAGAGCACGCGACUUGCUUCCAGAUGGAGACUUUGGGACUGCUCAGAUCAUGCCGCGUGGGCAAUCCUGCGAAGGUCGACAGCGAGAUCGGCUUUGCAGCAUUAAAGUGGAGUACUCGAAGUCUUGUCUCGCCCCCAGAUUAAUGCUUGUGAGCAUUCGGGCUUGGGAUUGCGAGCUUGGGAUUGCGAGCUUGGGAUUGCGAGUUUGCAACCAAGCUCCUGGAGAACAUCAAGGACUGUAGCGCUGUUCGGAUUGGAUCUGCCACUGCAGAUGCUUGACCAUCUCGGUCUCGAGCUCCGCCUCAAGUGUACUGACGCGAUAGCUAAGUUCGGCAAUCUUCGCCUCCUGGCUUUGAUGGUGGUUCUUGUCACAUCGCGCCCUCGUCGGAGGCCUUCAGCAGCCUUUGUAUGUUUCAACAGCAGAGUAUUGAGGUCGGUCUCCGUUGUUCUACCAAGUCUGAUAAUGGCAUCCUGCAGUAGGGUGAGAACGUUACGGAGGACAUCGUCCCCUCCAACGUCCUUGAAGCGAUGGGGCGUAGGCGUCUCAUAGUGCGGCGAAGACGGCGUUGUAGUCUGCUGCGCUGCAUCAGUUAGGCGAGCUGGGGUGAGGGGCGACUUUGCAAGCCUUUGAGGCGAGGGGGUCUGCUUGUACAAAUCGACUUGUCUGAGGUGUCUGCAAUCCAAUAUUGCUUAAUACAAUCGAACCAUCCCUG